CCUUCACUUGGAACUCAUCACAACCCAUACUCACCAGUAGUAACUCGCAAUGGCAGGCACAAAGCUAAUAUCACUGGGGUUCAUUGUCCUCAUGAGCAUGGGAUUAGCCAAUGCUGUGAGGGUAGCUAGAUACUCUAGUGCUGAUGGGACGGGCACUGGAGGGGGAGGGGGUGGUGGAUAUGUGAAUGGUGCAGGAUCAGGGUCAGGGUCCGGCACUGGCGCAGGUGAGAGCGGUUCAAACGGUGUCCAUGCAACUGCUGGAGGGGGUGGUGGAGGUGGUGGGACUAGCCAAUACGGUGGGUCUGGUUACGGUGGAGGGUCUGGGUCAGGUUCAGGAUCUGGUACAUACAGUCAAGGACCGUAUUCAGGCUAUGGAGAAUCUUCCAAUGCUGGUGGUUCCGGUGGCGGUGGUGGUGGUGGACAAGCUGGAGGUCAUUGGGGAUCUAGUGCACAGGGGUCUGGCAGUGGCACUGGAUCUGGCUCUAGCUAUUCUAACAGGUAUUGGUACGGACCUAGUUAUGCAGGUGCAAAUGCUAAUGGCAAUGGUGGUGGCACCGGGAGCAGUCAAAAUGGUGGGGGUGGCGGCGGUUCAGGUGCUGGAUCCGGAUACGGCAAUGCCAACCCCUAAUUUCUGCAUCAACUCAAUCUAAGUUGGUGCCCAUCAUCCUUUGUUGUUAGAAGUCUUCGGAUUAUUUUGGUUUCUUUGUACUUGUGUUAUGCUUUUGUUAGAAUCAAAUUAAUAAAGGGCCCAACUAUUCUAGUAAAUGCAGCAGCCUGAUUUAAGGUGCAGCUUAUGAGAAAUAUACUGACCAUGUCAGUUUAUCGAUAAAAUAAUACUCCUGUCAUUUUGUCACUA